AACAUUUGAUAUCAUCAACAUCACUUUACCUCGACGUUAUUAUCAUCAUUAUCAUCAUCAUCAUCAUCGAAUAACGAUUGCAGCUGUAUACAACUCUAUAUAUCGCUCUUGUAGCUUGUUAUUAUUAAUUAUUGAAGAUAUUUUUGUUUAUGUAUUAAAUUUUUUUUGGGAUUAAAUUCAAUCAAUCAUCAAUAUCAAACAACAAGCAUCAAAUAUGUUGACCAAUGGACAAAUAGCAACAACGACGACGACAACACAAUCUCCACCACCACCAUCAUCAUCAUCAUCAUCACAAUUGGUGAAUAAAGAUGAAUUAUAUGAUGCACAAUUAGAAAUGAUGAAUGGAAAUAACAACAACAGCAGUAGUAGUAAUGGAAUUGAUAUUGUGAAUCAUACAGCAACUACAAAUGGUUUUGUAUAUGCCAAUAAUAAUGUAGUACCAUCAACAACAACAAAAUUAUCAUCAUCAUCAUCAUCCACUACAAAUAUGUCAACGAAUAUAUCAUCAUCACCAUCGACAGCAGCAUCGGGUAUUGUUUCUGUUUCAGUUGAACAACAGACACAAACCGAUAUGAUUGAUCCAUAUCCAUUGAAUACAUCUUGUUUACAACAACAACAAGAAAUGAUAAAUAUUCCAAAUUGUAAUAAUACGGAUCCAUCAUCAAUGCCAUCACAAUCAACGAUUUCAUCAUCAUCCCAAAUAAAUUCUGAUGUAAUACAUACGCACAAUGUCCAACAGCAACAACAAUCCGAUAGCCCAUCAAUGCCAAAUAAUAAUAAUAAUUUAAAUGGAAUAAUGAUAACAGCAGCAGCAGCAGCAGGUGCUACUUCUGGACAUAAUCAUCAUAAUCAUCAUCAUCAUUCUAAUCAUAAUCAAGUAUCAGUUGUCAAACACAGCCAACGGGCAAUUGUAUUAGUCAACAACAACAACAACAACCACCAGCAGCAGCAACAACAACAACAAUUAUUAAAUUGUAGCCAAAAUUCAAUACAGCCAAUUCAAUCUCAAACAUCGACGACAACAUCUGUUCCAGCAUCAUCAGCAUCAUCAUCAUCACCAUCAUCAUCUUCAACACCAACAAUAACAGCAACACAAACAACGAUACAGCCAAAACGUUUACAUGUAUCGAAUAUUCCAUUUCGAUUUCGUGAUCCAGAUUUACGUCAAUUGUUUGGGCAAUUUGGACCAAUUUUGGAUGUGGAAAUCAUUUUCAAUGAACGUGGAUCUAAGGGUUUUGGUUUUGUUACAUUUGCAUCAAGUAUUGAUGCUGAUCGUGCUCGUGAACAAUUGAAUGGUACAAUUGUUGAAGGAAGAAAAAUUGAAGUUAAUAAUGCAACAGCACGUGUACAAUCGAAAAAAUCUAUAUCCACAUCAUCAUCAUCAUCAUCAUCAUCAUCAUUAUCAUCAACAGCCGCAAUGCAAUCAGCCGCUGCUGCUGCUGCUAUGGCUGCAUCAUCAUUAUCAUCACCAACGGUUGCUCAUGUUUCUGCUGCUGCCGCUAAUCCAUCAUCAUCAUCGGUAUCAGCUGCGGCUGUAGCUGCUGCAGCAGCAGCUGCUGUUAAUGCAAAUGCAAAUGCUGCGGCUGCAGCACUUAUUUCAAAUGUGGCAGCUUUACGCGGUGUUGCCAUCCAAAGAGGUACACGGCUAACACGAGCGGCAGCAAAUACAUUGGCCGCAACAGCAUUUCAUACAAGACACUCUACUACAUCAUCACCAUUAACCACCGCUGCCACAUUGCAUGGUUAUGCUGCUUCCCAGUUAUUGGCUGCUCGAAAUGCCGCUGCCGUAUAUCCGGAUCCAUUCUUAACUUAUGCUGCGGCUGCAGCCGCAGCCAAUGGUACUGCUGAACGUUAUCAAUUACCGCCUACAUAUGCUGCAAGUGCAGCAUAUACAGCGGCUGCCGCAAGAUCAUAUGCAGCUGCCGCAGCAGCAGCUCAAGCUAAUCCUACUGUAGCAAGUUAUAUGGCCGCUACUACUGGUUAUGGACGAGAAUUUGCUGAACCAUAUCUGGGACAUAGUAUUGGACCAGUAUCUGGUUAUGGCGUCACAUAUCGAGGAGCGUUCAAUCGUUUUACGCCCUAUUGAAAUUAUCAAUAUUGAAUUAUCAAAAAAGAAAAACAACAAAUCAUCGGAUAUUCAGUCUCUCUGUGUUUUUUUAUU